GCGAGAACGAAAAUUCCCAGCGCUUCUGGGUCUUGCUCUUGCCGUUCGCUCCUAAGGUCCAGUCUGAGCAAGCAGUUCAAUUAUCUGAGAUAAAGCCUACUGUUGUAUUACAUGCGGCUGGCAUCAUGGGGACAAGGAGGGAGCUUUGUUACUAGCUGUGUGUGAGAAGCUUGACAUUUUCACUCCGGCAUUUCUUUGGACACCUCUCCCUAUUUCUGGGUCUUUCGGCGGCCGUGGUCCUAUUAGUGAGUUUCCAAGAUGGCGGCGCCGUUGGCGGUAAUUUCAGCUGCCAGUUUGUGGGGUCCCUACAAAGACAUUUGGCAGGCGGUCCAGAAUGCUGUCUCGAAAAGGCAACCUGAAGCGAUACAUCUUCUUGACCAGAUUUUAAAGAAACAUAAACCUGACUUUAUAUCACUCUUCAGAAAUCCGCCGAAGAAUGCCCAGCAGCAUGAAAAGGUUCAGAAAGCAAAUACAGAAGGAGUUGCUAUCCAGGGUCAACAGGGAACCAGACUGUUACCAGAACAGCUCAUUAGAGAGGCCUUCAUUCUGAGUGAUCUUUUUGAUAUUGGGGAACUUGCAGCUGUUGAACUCCUCUUGGCUGGUGAGCACCAACAACCUCGUUUUCCUGGCCUAACCAGGGGCUUAGUAGCUGUUCUCUUAUAUUGGGAUGGCAAGCGCUGCAUCGCAAAUUCAUUGCGAACACUCAUUGAGUCUCGACGAGGCAAGACAUGGACGCUGGACCUCAGUCCUGAGUUGGUGUCCAUAACAACACGUUUUACAGACGAACUGAUGGAGCAGGGUUUAACUCAUAAAAUUCUGACUUUGGUGUCUCAAAUUGAUGUGAACACUGAAUUUGAGAAACUACAGAGAGAGCGAGGGCUGGGCAGUGAGAAACAUCGCAAAGAGGUUGCUGAUCUCAUCAAGGAGUGUCGACAGGCAUUGGCUGAGAGCUUGUUUGUUUGGUCAUGUCAGUCACCCCUGAGCAGGGAUGAUACUUUAAUCCUUAUUUCUUACUUGGAGAAAGUGACUGUGGAAGCUGAUGGCUCAUUGGACAGAGUAAACUUGGCUCUUCUUAUGGCCCUUCUCUAUUGCUUUGAUGUUAGCUUUCUAGAACAAGGCACUGAAGAUCGAGAUGAGCUGAUGCAUCAGUUGCCACUUCUAAGAGAUAGACAAUAUAUAGCUGCAAUCCACACACGCCUUCAGGAAUCGCGACCUUGGAAACUACCAGGACUUCAAGCAACUGUUAGAUUAGCUUGGGCACUAGCAUUGCGUGGAAUUUCACAGUUCUCUGAUGUGACAGCACUUACAGAAUUCACUGAGGCAGAUGAAGCAAUGGCAGAAUUAGCAAUCGCAGAUAAUAUUUUUUUGUUCCUUUCUGAAUCUGUGGUGAGAGCUGAAAACUUCUACCAAGAGGAAUUUUUCAUACGCAGAAUCCACAACCUCGUCACAGGUUUUCUUGCACUCAUGCCAAUGAAAGUAAAACAGCUGCGGAAUCGUGCUGAUGAAGAUACUCGCAUGAUCCACAUGAGUAUACAGAUGGGUAAUGAGCCACCUCUUUCUCUUAGGAGGGAUCUGGAGCAUCUGAUGCUUUUAAUUGCUGAGUUAUACAAGAAGGAUCCUUUUAAUUUGGAACUUGCUCUUGAAUACUGGUGCCCUACAGAGCCUCUGCAGAGCUCCACCAUCAUGGGGUCCUAUCUUGGGAUAGCACAUCAGAGACCACCUCAGCGUCAGGUUGUUUUGUCUAAAUUUGUGAGGCAGAUGGGAGAUCUCCUCCCCUCCACAAUUUACAUUGCUUAUCUGAAAAUGCUCCAGGGAUUGGCCAGUGGGCCUCAGUGUGCUCAUUACUGCUUUACUUUGCUAAAGGUCAAUGGCAGCAGUAAUGCUGAAAACAUCCAAGGAGCAGGUGGCAGUCCUGUCUCCUGGGAGCAUUUCUUCCACUCUUUGAUGCUGUAUCAUGAACACUUACGGAAAGAUUUGCCAAGUGCAGACAGCAUUCAGUAUCGUCACCUCCCUCUCAGAGGCAUCACCCAGAAGGAACAGGAUGGACUGAUUGCUUUUCUACAGCUUACCAGCACUAUAGUGAAGUGGAGUGAGAAUGCUCGCUUGGCUCUCUGUGAACAUCCUCAGUGGACCCCAGUGGUGGUUGUUUUGGGACUUCUGCAAUGUAGUAUCCCUCCUAUCUUGAAGGCAGAGUUAUUAGAGACUCUUGAAGCCUUUGGGAAAUCUCCUGAAAUUGCUGCUUCUCUAUGGCAGUCAUUGGAAUACACACAGGUACUGCAAACAGUAAGAACUCCAGGUCAGAAACAAGCCAUUGGCAUUGAGGUUGAAUUGAAUGAGAUUGAAUCUCGGUGUGAAGAGUACCCUUUAACACGUGCCUUCUGCCACCUCAUUAGCACACUGGUAGAGAGUUCAUUUCCUUCUAACCUGGGGGCUGGGUUGCGUCCCCCAGGCUUUGACCCCUAUCUGCAGUUCCUGAGAGAUUCUGUGUUUCUUCGGUUUCGUACAAGGGCCUAUCGGAAAGCUGCUGAAAAGUGGGAAGUAGCUGAGGCAGUUCUGGAAGUUUUUUACAAAUUGCUGAGAGAUUACGAACCUCAGCUGGAAGAUUUUGUAGACCAGUAUGUAGAGUUGCAAGGAGAAGAAAUUAUGGCUUAUAAACCACCAGGAUUUAAUCUGAUGUAUCAUCUGUUGAAUGAGUCACCAAUGCUGGAACUCUGUCUUAGCUUGCUGGAAGAAGGGGUUAAACAGUUAGAUACCUAUGCUCCUUUUCCUGGAAAGAAGCAUUUGGAGAAAGCAGUACAGUAUUGCCUUGGGCUUCUCAAUCUGACUCUAAAGAAGGAGAAUCUUUUCAUGGACUACUUAAGGGAAAGCCACCUCUCCCUGAUUGUCACACCACUAGAGCAGCUGCUGCAGGGAAUUAACCCUCGAACUAAAAAGGCAGACCACGUCGUGAACAUUGCCAGGUACCUUUAUCAUGGCAGUACCAAUCCUGAACUGGCAUUUGAAAGUUCCACGAUCCUGCAUGACAUUUCUCGCAAUUCUAACAUUCAGGCCAAACUAAUUGGAGACUUCACACAGGACCAGAGUAUUAGCCAGAAACUGAUGGCUGGAUUUGUGGAAUGUUUGGAUUGCGAAAAUGCAGAAGAAUUAAAUAAUUCUGUUGAAGAACUUGAAGCUGAAAAGAAGCAGGCCCCAAUCUACCAUGAGACAAGGAUUAAGAUCCUGAACCUUCUCAUCAUCUCUCUGGAGUGCAGCCCACCCAAUCUUGCUCUGUAUCUUCUGGGAUAUGAACUCAAGAAACCUGUCAGCAACACCAACUUGCAGGACCCAGGUGUUUUGGGUUGUCCUCGUACUUGUCUUCAUGCUAUUUUGAACAUACUGGAAAGUGGUACUGAAACCAGGGCUGGUCCCACAGCUGUUCGAGAAUCUCCUCAUCUAGCAGAGUUGUGUUAUCAGGUGAUCUAUCAAUUGUGUGCCUGCUCAGACACUUCAGGCCCAACUAUGAGAUAUUUGAGGACCAGUCAGGAUUUCUUAUUCUCUCAGUUACAGCAUUUACCAUUUUCAGUCAAAGAGCAUGAGAUUGCAACCUUGAACCAGAUGUCAUGGCUUAUGAAAACUGCAUCAAUAGAAUUGCGUGUCACUUCACUGAACCGUCAGCGUUCCCACACACAGAGACUCUUAAACCUUCUUCUGGAUGACAUGCCCGUGAAAUCUUACCUAGCUGAUGGUGAAGGAGGGAUUGAAGAUGAAAGUCGGUCUGUCACUGGGUUUCUGCACGUUGACACUGCUUCCAAAGUACGCAGAAAAAUCUUGAGCAUCCUGGACUCCAUUGACUUCAGUCAAGAGAUCCCAGAACCUUUGCAGCUGGAUUUUUUUGACCGUGCUCAAAUUGAGCAGGUCAUUGCCAACUGUGAAAACAGAAGCGCACGUGGGCCAGUUAUCUGCAAUGUCAAGCAUCUUCACAAAGUUCUGGUCGCUGAAGUUAAUGCCCUGCAAGGAAUGGCAGCCCUUGGGCAGAGACCUCUACUCAUGGAGGAAAUCAACACAAUUCUCCAAUAUGUUGUGGAACGGAACAAGCUUCUUCAGUGUCUCUAUGCCAAGCGGCAUGCACUAGAAUCCUGGAGGCAGUUGGUGGAAAUUAUAUUAACUGCCUGUCCACAGGACCUUAUACAAUCUGAAGAGAGGCAGCUUAUUAUUCGUGAUCUCUUGCAGGAUUUGCAUGACAAAAUCCUGAAUGAUGAUGCAGCGCAAGAGUUAAUGCCAGUUGUGGCAGGAGCUGUGUUCACUCUGACAGCCCACUUAAGCCAAGCUGUGCGAACAGAGCAAAAGGAGCCACUUGUUGUCCCUAUGCCGGAGCACUCCCAGUUUGUCUUGAUGCUGGAUGGUUCCUUCGCAGCCCCACCUGGUUCUGAAGGCAUGGCUGUGGGAUUUGCACCUAUUGGAGACUCCUCUCUCCAUAUCAUAUUGAGAAAAAUUCUGGAUUUUAUUUUGAAAACAGGUGGUGGAUUCCAGCGAGUGAGAACUCACCUGUAUGGAUCAUUGCUGUACUACUUACAGAUUGCUCAGAGACCAGAUGAACCAGACACCUUGGAAGCAGCCAAGAAGACCAUGUGGGAGCGUCUGACAGCUCCUGAAGAUGCUUUUAGCAAACUGCAGCGAGAAAACAUGGCAAUUAUUGAAAGCUAUGGUUCUGCCCUCAUGGAGGUGGUCUGCCGAGAUGCCUGUGAUGGCCAUGAGAUAGGACGAAUGCUAGCACUGGCUUUACUUGAUCGCAUCUUCUCUGUGGAUAAGCAGCACCAAUGGUUGCUGUACCUUUCCAACAGUGGCUACCUAAAAGUGCUUGUGGACAGCCUAGCGGAUGAUGACCUCAAGCUGCAAAGCUUGCUUACACCCCAACCUCCUUUACUCAAGGCAUUGUACACUUAUGAGUCAAAAAUGGCAUUCUUGACCAAGGUGGCUAAAAUACAGCAGGGAGCGCUGGAGUUACUGAGAUCUGGAGUGAUUGUGAAGCUUGCACAGUGUCAGGUUUAUGACAUGCCACCUCAAGCUGAUCAGCAGGGACUAUUUGGUAUGCGAGAGCCUCCAGUCUUCAUUCCUGCCCCUGUAGAACGCUAUCGCCAGAUUCUUCUGCCAGCUCUCCAGUUGUGCCAGGUUAUUCUCACAUCUAGCAUGGCACAGCAUGUACAAGCUGCAGGUCAGGUUUUGCAGUUUCUAAUAGCUCAUUCAGAUACUAUCCAGUCAAUCCUGCGGUGCCAGGAAGUCAGUGCGGGAUCCUUGCAAGAACUGGCUUUACUAACUGGGAUAAUCAGCAAAGCUGCUCUGCCUGGUGUGUUAGGAGACUUGGACAUCGAUAUCAAUGAAGGGAUGCAUAUUGAACUACAAGGACACAUAGGGCGAUUUCAGCGUCAGUGCCUGGGCCUUUUAACCAGGUUUGGUGGUUCAGACAGACUGCGUCAGUUUAAGUUACAAGAAGAUCAUGUUGAAGGAGACAGACUGAACAAGAGGGAUGAAAUCGAGCUGGCCAUGCAACAGAUCUGUGCCAAUGUAAUGGAAUACUGCCAGUCGCUGAUGGUACAGUGUGCUCCCACUUUUGAGCACACAGUGUGCCUCUUCACUCCAAGUCUUUCUGAGUCCACCAAUCGAGAUGGAUCUCGACAAGAUGCACAAACACCAGUAAUCCCAUAUUGGCGUCUGCCUGGCCUGGGUAUCAUUGUCUAUCUGUUAAAACAGAGUGCUAAUGACUUCUUCAGUUACUAUGAUAGCCAUCGUCAGAGUGUUAACAAGCUGCAGAAUGUGGAACAACUACCACCAGACGAGAUAAAAGAGCUGUGCCAGUCAGUCAUGCUAGCUGGAAUUGACAAAAUUUCAACUGCCCAAAAAUACAUCUUGGCCAGGCGUCGUUUAGUGAAGCUGAUAAACAACAGAGCCAAGUUGCUUUCACUGUGUUGCUAUAUCCUAGAAACAUGUCUUUUUAUUCUUUGGCGGCAUCUGGAAUACUACCUGCUGCACUGCACCCCCACAGAUUCCCAAGACUCUCUUUUGGCCUCCCGGACUCCAUUUAAGAGCAGAAGACUACAGGAUUCCUUCAGUUCAGGGCCAAACCUGGAUUUUAGAAGUGGACUGAGUAGAGUCAGCCAACACGAUAUAGAUCAGCUUCAGAUUGAAGCUACCAACAGUUUUGGGGAAUCGCUGCAGAAGAAGCUCCUUGAUAUUGAAGGCUUAUAUUCUAAGGUCCGGUCACGCUACACUUUCAUUCAAGCACUUGUGAGACGUAUCCGUGGUCUCCUAAGGAUAUCCAGGACCUGAAGGACUUCUGGUUGUGCCUCACUGAAAUUUUUGUAAAAGUGACGUUUUCUAAAUUAUGAUCAAAUUUUUUUGCUACAUUUUCAUUCCAACAGUUUUGUGUAUUCUUCCUAUUCCCAUCUACUGAGAAAAAGACUUUGAAAAAAUGAUGUAUGAAGCUCUUUGUUCAAGAAUAAAACAAAUUAUUACAAAAA